GGGGAGGUAAGGUGGCAGAGCUAGCAGUUCAGCGUGCGGUGGGAUCCUCUAUCAGGAAACAUCAGCCCCAAUCCUUCCCCGAGAUCUGCCCUUGGCCUUCUUUAGAGGACCAUGCCAGUCCUUUCCUCCAGUCACCAGGCUUAUCACAUGGAGAAGGACAGUACUAGAGAAGAUGACAGCUUGACCAACCUUCAAUGGCUACAAGACUUUUCCAUUUGGAACUCAGACUUGUCUUCCUUUGCUAUUUCCUGCCCUCCUGCAACUAACAAGACCCAGGGUCCAUGCAGCCCCCCAGCCGGAGAUACGGCCUCUUUCCAGGCUCCUCGUGCAGGGAGACAGAAGUCCACCAUGGGAUCCAAUGCCUGGCCUUCAUUGCCUUCAUCUGUACCAAACCCUAUGCAAGAAGUGGAUUAUAGAACAAAUCCAAAUGUUAAACCGCCAUAUUCCUAUGCCACACUCAUAUGCAUGGCUAUGGAGGCCAGCCAGCAGAGGAAACUGACCCUCUCCGCCAUAUACAACUGGAUCACCCAGAACUUCUGUUACUAUAGGCACGCUGACCCGAGCUGGCAGAAUUCCAUCCGCCACAACCUCUCUCUGAAUAAAUGCUUCAUGAAAGUCCCCAGAGGCAAGGAUGAACCUGGGAAAGGUGGAUUUUGGCAGAUGGAUCCUCGUUAUGCUGAUAUGUUCGUCAAUGGCGUACUGAGAAGGAGAAGGAUGCCAGCAUCUCAUCUUGACCCUCCAAGGUGCAAUAACGUAGCCGUCCACCAUCCCUACCAGUCAUCUGUUCGACCAAAUAACCGCCAAACCCCACAUUCUUCUUGUAGCUACAAGCAGCAUAGGAGGCAAGAAAAGCCCAGUCCUGUUUUGCCAGCCCUGAGAACACAGGAACGACAUGCGGACAACUUCUUUUCUUCUGAAAAUGAUCAUCUGCAUGGAAGCAACUUUGAUGAUCUUGAUCUGCAGACAGCCUUAAUAUCAAUGUAUUGGGAAGGAGACCUGGGACCUUCCGGGAUCAAUGCUUCAGUGGUGAACACUUCCAGUAUGGAAGUGGCCCAACAGGAACCUGCCAUAAUGGAUAGCCAAUGGUUCCUGCCUCCGAACCACCACCCAACUUGGCAAGAGUUGAAAGAGGAACCUGUGGCAGAUCAGUGGUACAUAGACAGUGGUUAUGUUGAAGAUGUUCUUUACGAGUGCCCACCAUGGGAACGGGCAGAGACAUUAUGACCGGAUGCUGGAACAGAAGUCCUAAAGAACCAAUGGUUGGAUUUCACAUUGUAAUGACUGAUGAGAAAACCAGAAAUGAGGUACUUCUCAGGUUUUUUUUGUCUCGACCUUUCACGGUUGGAGAGCUGCAUUUGAGGUGAGUCUCAAGAGAACUCACAUUGGUGAGGGCAUGAGGCCAGAUUGAUCACCUAUUUUGCAAAAACGAAGGGACUUUAGCCAUAAGAGGACACGCAGACCUCUACAAUUUUUGCAUUUUAUGACCUGGGCCUGGCGUUUAUGAUUUGGAUCUUCCCAGGAGAACCACCCUGGAAAACUCAGAAGUCACAGCCAUUUUUACAUCAAGCAGAAAUAUAUUUUUUACAAAUCCUUUAAUCUAAUAGGUUAUAUAUAAGAAGAGGUCUACGAGGAGAUGACAUAUUAAUGGAUCUAAUAGAUUUUAUGAGGACAGUACAAGGAUUUCAUAUGUGAAGGAUACGUGAGAUCUAGCUGUAAGGCCUAUGAAGAAGGCCUGUCUGACAUAUGCAAAAUAAAUGAGAUGUAAUAAAGCAGCGUCCUUUCGUUUUCUGAAGCUUUUAAUGUCCAUUAUCAUUUACUAUUAUCAUCAGUGCUGCCCUGCACCAUCAUCAUCUAGAAUAAAAAAAUUAUUAGAGGGGGGUGUCCCACAAAAAAUAUUCUACAU